AUGAGAGGGAAAAUCUUGUCAACUUUAGCACUCAUUAUUGGGUGUGCUAAUGCAAUUAAAACUUCAAGAAGCUCAAAAAUUCAGCUACUCGCACAAUCUGUAUCAUAAUAAAUUACAAACGAAAGAGGAUAUACAUGUACAACAGCCAUAGAUAACAUCUAAAAAUGGAAUUAACCCAAUUUAAAAGGUAUUAUAGAGAACUUCUCAAUCUAUUGGAAUGAUACCGAUUUUAAGCCAAAUCCAGAAUCUAUUGCAUGGAGAAACACAAACUUUACAAAGGGUAAAGUAGAUAUGUAUGCUGACUACCCUUGGAGAAAAUUAUCGGAUAUCUGUGAGAACUGUACGCUUUUCGGAUCAUCAGAUAAAGAAAAUGUUGGAGACACAGUCCAGGGCUUUUUAGGCGAUUGCUACUUUGUGGCGCCUUUAGCAGCUGUUGCAGCAGAUGAAGAAAGAUUCAAAAGGAUUUUCGUGAACUAGCAUGUGAAUAAUGCUGGAAUCUAUGCUUUUAAUGUCUACAUCAGGGGCAUCCCUAAAAUAGUUGUUAUAGAUGACUAUGUGCCCUAUGCAAGACUAGAGAAAUUACCAGCUUUCACUAGAGUCCACAGUGAUUGGGCACUAUGGCCAGCUCUCCUUGAAAAAGCUUGGGCUAAAGUGAACGGUAACUAUGAAAAGAUUGCUAGUGGAAAUCAGUUUGAGACGUUUUAAUUCUUAUUGAACAUUCCCACAAUUCGAAAACAAAGUGUAAAUACCAUGAAUACCACUGUAGCAUGGAAUUUGGUUAUCAAAGCACUAGACUCUGGAUUCAUAAUUGGAGCAUAACCAGGUGGUAGUACAGGGAAAAAAGACACUGACUCUUGCUAAUUCAAUCUUCCUUGUGCUCAUGCAUACUCCAUCCUUUCAUAUCAUAUCAUUACUACAGCUGAAGGAAAGCAAAUAAGUCUCAUUAAAUUUAAGAAUCCACAUGGUAAUGAUGGAGAAUUUAGCGGGAAAUGGGCUGACAAAAAUGGUAUUUGGAAUACUAUCGGUAAAAAUGGAAUUACAUAUGCCAAGCAAAUUGAUAUGGCUGUUAAGAGUGAUGGUAUACACUAUCUUGAAGAUUUUGAAAUACCUAUGACCUUUAGUGAUCUCGACUUUGGUUAAUAUAGAAAAGGUUGGGUAAGCAGUUAUUAUGAUAAAUAAAACGAUACUUAGGCAUCAGUGACUAACCCAGCAAAAUAUAGAUUUACUUUGACUGAAGCUACACCACUUUAUAUAAGAGUUCUAAAUACCGAGCCAAGAAUGUACUCACUUAAAUGCAAAACCCCCAAAAUUUAAGAAAUCAGAUUGAGACCUUUAGAUGCUGUAAAUGAUGCUAAAACACUCAAAUAUUACGAUGAUUACCCAGGUACGAUUGACUAAUCUAAUGCCCCUUUAUAACCAGGAACUUAUGAGAUAUCAUAUCUUCCAAGUUUUGAUUAGUGUGAAACUCGUGAUUACACAGUUUUAAUUUACGCUCCUAAAGAAAUUAUAAUUACUGACGUCAAUAAUAAAACAAGCUUCAAACCUAGUGAGCAUGAUUACAAGAGUGCAAAUCUCAAAUCUUUAGUUCCCGAUUAAAAUGAAAAUCUUUGGACCACUCUUUAUCAGAGACCAGUAAAAGGAUAAUCUGAAAUAUAUCUUACAGGUGAUUUGAAAAAAGAUAUGAUAAGAGCAAAGCAAUCUAAAUAUUUCAACUUGGAGAUAAAUGAUACAUUAAAAACUUACUAAGGCUAUAUGAGAUCUAAACUUAAUGUCAAGGGUAAAGAAAUGAGAGAGAUGAUAGUUGUAGUUGGACUAUUUGAUAAAGAUGCUGAAUUCAACGGUACUAUUUCUAAUUAUUUGGAUCUAGAUGCGGUUUAUCAAUUCAGUCAUGGAAAUGAAAACUGCUAAGUAUAAGUGGAUAAAAGCACAUCUCCAGCUAUGUAAAAGAUAAUAUGCACCUGCUUAAUAUCUGUGCAAGCUCCAGCUCGUUAAGAGUGCACUCUAGCAUCUCUUCAUACAACUGAUAAAGGUCUGACAAUGAACCCUAGACGUACUUGA